UUCAACAAAAACAAAAAAAACCCUUGAAAACUAUCAUGGCAUUCUGCGCCGUCUGCGGCCUUCGCCGCGGACAGGCCGUCCGUAACGAGCUUACGGUGGCUUUCCACCUCUUCCCAACGGAACCGGUGCAGCGCCAAGCCUGGGAGGACUUUUGCGCAGAAUCCGGCGGCGAGCAUAACGGUCCCAGAGAUGGCUGGAACCGGUCAAUCUGCUCGGACCACUUUGAGGAGGAGUGCUUUCGGGGCGGUGGCAAGCGCGUUUCGGAUCCGGGCCGGCGGCACUCGCUGCGGGACGGGGCCGUUCCGACAAUCCGGAGGGGCACGUCGCUGGAGAUUGUGGAGCAGAGGCUGGAGGAGAUGUUGAAAAGUAAGCUGGAGAUCGCGUUUGUUCCGGUGGAUGAAGCUACCGUAAAGUUGGAAACGGUUUGCCGAAUCUGCGCGUUGGAAGACACGUUGCACGAUUUGACGCUCGAGGAAAACGCUGACCAUGGGCGGAAGUUCAGCUCGUUGACCUCGAUCGAGAUCGACGCGACGGCUCCGUGGCUUUGCGAACGUUGUCUGGCGCGGUUGAACGACGCGUACGACUUUGUGCAGGCCUGCGUUGAGGCGGAGAACCGACGGAAAAGUUUGUUUGUGGAAACCGUUGUCAUGAAAAGGGAGGAGGUUGAGGCCAGAGAUGAACCUGCGGGGCAAAAUGACUCUGAGGUUGAUGAAAGCUUCGAACCCGAACCGAAACCGAAAGUUUCUCAAGAGUACACGUGCACAGCUUGCCCGGCAACGUUCGAGAAACGCAUGGAUCUGUUUGCCCACGUCAAAUCCCACGGCAAGUCACGCUUCCCUUGCCAGCAAUGCGAGCGAGCCUUCAAACGCAAAACUGAACUAGAAGUGCACAUGAACUCGCACCAAAUCGAGCCCAGCUUCUUCUGCCCGACCUGUUCGGCUGGGUUCAAGUGCCAGGCCAGUCUUCGACGACACCACAAAUCAGUCCACCUCGGGCUGAAACGGUUCGCCUGUCCGGAAUGUGGCAGACAGUUUGCCCAAAAGACGCACCUGCAGCAGCACGCUGCAGUUCACGUGGAGGAAGCGACCGUUCCGUGCGAGCUGUGCGGCAAACUGUUCAAAACAGACUUUAUUCGGCGAAUGCACGUGAAUACGGAGCACAGACCAGACCAGCAGGAACCCAAGCCGAUCCAGUGCGAAGUUUGCUCCAAACAGUUCCCGAGACAGCAAUCUCUCAUCGCUCACAGAAUCUGCCAUCGCGAUUCGAACCUGCUGUGCACCGUGUGUGGCAACAAGUACAAGUCAAAUGCCAUACUCCUCGCCCACAUGGCCACCCACAAGGGGAAAACGUUCGCGUGCGAGCAAUGUCCGGUCGCCUUCAAGACCCGCAAAUCGCUCCGGUACCAUCGGCUCGUUCACGCCGGCCUCAAACCGUACCAGUGCAAUCUAUGCGAGCGCGCGUUCCGGUGUUCAACCCAUUUGAAAACCCACCAAAGUGUCCACACCCGAGCCAAACCGUACCAGGUCAAACUACGGCAGCACAUGGAGAAACAACAUGGGGGCGAGCAGACGGAACAAAAAGUAGAGGAGGAACCGCGAUAGCGCACUCGAGUGCGGUGUUUGAUGAGCGAAACUGAAGUGGCGCCGAUAUCGAACGUGGAUUGUCAAUAAAGUUGAAAUCAUUUGGAUAAAAAAGUCUAGAACUCUGCAGUUGUUUUUGGCCUUUGUGAGCUGGAAA